AUGCCGUCAACCUUGGUUGUCACCCUAGGAGCUGUCCUCGGGACUUGUGCGACCUUUGUGGGUGCUCACGUUCCCGAACCGGCCGUUUCACUUCCCCAAGUUCCUACAGCCAGGACACAGAACGGUACUUACUAUGGCGCACGUAACAGUCGCUAUUACAUUGACCAAUUCCUUGGCAUCCCUUUUGCCCAGCCCCCAACGGGUGACCUACGAUUACAGCAUCCCCAGUCACUAAACACUUCCUGGGAUGGUGAGAGAAAUGCAACCGAGUAUGGAUAUGCCUGUGUGGGCUACGGAGAGGACUCGACAGUGACCUCUCGCAACUAUACUAAUGAGGAUUGCUUAACUCUUAACGUCGUUCGCCCAGCUGGUUAUGACGAGACAGCUUCCCUUCCCGUCGCUGUUUGGAUUUACGGUGGAGGUUUCUUUGCUGGCUCCACGAUCGAUCAGCGAUACAAUCUCACCUUUAUGGUUGACGAGUCUAGAAGGAUGGGCAAGCCCAUCAUCGGUGUUAGCCUUAACUACCGACUUGCUGCCUAUGGUUGGCUUUACUCGGAGGAGAUAGUCAAAGCGGGCUUGGCAAAUUUGGGACUGAGAGAUCUACGUAUGGGAUUGCACUGGGUCCAGGAGAAUAUCGGAGGCUUUGGAGGCGACCCUUCCAAGGUUACGAUCUUCGGCGAAAGCGCGUAA